UUAAAUAGUUGAAUUUUAAUAGUAAUCAGCUGUUCGUAAUAAAUACGUAAAUACAUAUAUGUUAAUGAUAAUUGGUUUGUUGUGCUGUAAGAAUUUAUUAUGACGUUCAAAUGGUAAUAAUUUCCGAAUAUUCUAACAAAUUUAUUAACAAUGGAAAAUCUUAUUACGAAAAGUAUGCUUCAUGCUGGAAAGAUAUUUACCACAUAUACGCCUGGAACGAAAGUGAUCUUUCAUUUUAAAACUACGAAAUGUGAUUAUUCAAAGACUGUUAUCGAUGAUAGUAAAAUAAUAGGGAAACCAAUGGAAUUAGUAAUAGGUAAACAAUUCAAACUUGAAGUUUGGGAAGUUAUAGUUCAAAAAAUGGCUAUAAAUGAAGUUGCAUUAUACACAGUUGAUAAAAGUCUAGUUAGUGCAUAUCCAUUUGUAUCUAAAACUCUUAGAGAGGCUGGUAAACCUGCGAGUGAAAAACGUAAUCGCCACUGCUGCGGUGUAACGUUGCAGAACGAGGGUGUGGGAUAUGAUGAUUUAAACGAUCUUAUUAAAAACCCUCAAGAUUUAGAAUUUACGAUAGAAUUAUUGCGAGUUAUACAUCCACACGAAUAUGAUAAAGAGUCGUGGCAAAUGACCGAAGAUGAAAAACUGAAAAAUAUUCCAAUUUUAAGAGAGAAAGGAAAUGUUAAGUUUAGAGAAAAGGAUUAUGAAUCCGCGGCCAAUACUUAUGCACAAGCAAUUGGAAUAUUGGAGCAGCUUAUGCUUGCAGAAAAGCCAAAUGACAUUGAAUGGUUAAAUUUAAAUUCCAUGAAAUUGCCUCUGCUUUUAAAUUAUGCACAAUGUAAGUUACUGAAUAAAGAAUAUUAUGCCGUGAUAGAACAUUGUACUACCGUACUUAAAAGCGAUCCUGAUAAUGUCAAAGCUCUUUUUAGAAGAGGUAAAGCUCACAUUGGAGCUUGGAAUGAGAACGAAGCAAUUGCAGAUUUAAACAAAGCAACCGAGCUUGAUAAAUCUUUACAAUCUACGGUUAACAAAGAAUUACAAUUAUUUGCUUUGGCUAUUAAGAAUAGAAACAAAAUACAGUCAAAAAAGCUUGCAAAUCUGUUUACAAACUAAAUGUCUUGU